AUGUCAGAUAAUCAAGAACCAAUCUUGGCGAAGGAGGAGAGUGUGGCAGGUAUUCCAUCACCACUCCUGAAGCUUAAAAGCUGGCAAUGGUGGCUUCUUGUGUUCAUCAACAUCUUCUUUCUCAUUGGUGGUCAAGCUGCUUCAGUCCUUCUUGGUAGGUUUUACUAUGAUCAAGGUGGAAACAGCAAAUGGAUGGCUACUCUUGUUCAGACCGCUGCUUUUCCCAUCCUUUAUAUUCCGCUUUUGCUUCUUCCUUCACAGCCUUCUAGUUGUUCCCUCAAAGUCAUUGUCUUGAUCUACGUUCUGCUCGGUGUCAUCAUUGCCGGAGACAACAUGUUAUACUCUGUUGGACUUCUUUACCUCUCUGCCUCCACUUAUUCCCUCAUUUGCGCUACUCAAUUGGCUUUCAAUGCGGUCUUCUCGUAUUUCAUCAAUUCUCAGAAGUUCACUGCUUUGAUUCUCAACUCCGUUGUUCUCCUCUCCUUCUCUGCUGCUUUGAUAGGUCUUAACGAUGAUGCAGACGCUCCUUCUGGUGUCCCCAGGUCGAAAUAUGUUAUCGGGUUUGUGUGUACGCUCGCUGCAUCCGGACUCUAUUCUCUGUUGCUCUCGCUUAUGCAAUUCUCCUUCGAGAAGAUUCUUAAGAGAGAGACGUUUUCAGUGGUUCUCGAAAUGCAAAUCUACACGUCUUUAGUGGCGACUUGUGUCUCGGUUAUUGGGCUUUUCGCUAGCGGGGAAUGGAGAACGUUGCACGGGGAAAUGGAAGGGUAUCAUAAAGGGCAAGCCUCUUAUGUACUGACUUUGGUCGGGACAGCGGUGACUUGGCAAGUGUGUUCUGUAGGAGUUGUCGGGUUGAUAUUUUUGGUUUCAUCGCUCUUCUCAAACGUCAUUAGUACGCUCUCUCUAGCUGUGACUCCUCUGGCGGCUUUGGUUGUGUUCCAUGAUAAGAUGAGUGGCACUAAGGUUAUGUCGAUGCUGAUCGCUCUUUGGGGUUUCGCUUCUUAUGUUUACCAAAAUUAUAUGGAUGACCUGAAAGUAAGACGAGCACGACAACUAGCACAAACCAGGCGGGUUGAUCCACCUUGCUGA